AUGGCACAAGCCCCCAAACGCAGAAACUCUCUCGCGCUCGCCGUGCUCCACGCAUACCAAACCAACCGGCUGCUUGUCCUCAAUGCCUCAUACAUCAUCUUGAUCACCGCAGCCUUUUCGGGCGCCACCACGACUUCGCGGCCAAUGAAAGAAGACGGCCAACGCCGCCAGGACGCGCUGCUUGCGCACACCAAAAACCCGCGGCUCUCGCGGGCACAGCUCACUGCGCUCCUUAGAUCGGCCGUGCCCUCGUACAAGAACUCGGCGGUGGCGUACCUUGCCGCGCACGUUGUGUUGUUGGUGUGCCGGGCGAUGCUCACCAUCAAAGUCGCCAGCUUGGACGGAAUGCUAGUGGGCGCGCUCGUGUCAAAGAAACUCCGCCGCUUCACGCGCUACCUUGUGUUGUGGCUUCUUAUCGGCGUGCCCGCCUCUUUCGUCAAUGCCCUUUUGAACUGGACCCGCGACAAGUUGCGCCAGAGCUUACGAGUGAACCUCGACAGGAGCAUCAUGGACGAGUACUUGCCCGACAACUUGGACCCGAACUACUACGCUUUGAUCCAGCUCUCCGAUAGCGAGAUCAAGGACCCGGACCAGCGGAUCUCCACCGAUCUCAGCAGGCUCACGCACGCGCUUGCCAGCCUCCCCGGGCAGCUUCUCAAGCCCACCCUCGACUUGAUUCUCUGUGCCAAGGAGCUCUCCAAGAGCGGCGUUGGCUCAGGCGAGGGCACUUUGGCCCUAGGCAUCUUAGCGCACUUCUCCACUACUAUCUUGCGUUUCUUCUCUCCUCCGUUUGCCAAACUAGCGUCUGAAAAGGCCAAUUUGGAGGGCCAGCUCCGCUCGGCACACUCGAAAAUCGUCGCCAACAACGAGGAAAUCGCUUUUCUCCGGGGCCACGAACGCGAGCUCGACUACCUCGAUUUCUGCUACUAUCAACUAGAACGGUUCUUGAAAAUGGAGUACAAAAAACGCGCCAUCCACGAAAUCGCCCAGAGCUUUAUUGUCAAGUAUUUCUGGGGGGCAGCGGGCUUGGUGUUGUGUUCUGCACCAGUUUUCUUCAACAAAUUUCUCGGGAAAGACCCAGACCCUAAUGCAGCAGGUGAAUUCAUCACCAACCGCCGGCUUCUUAUGAGCGCUUCGGACUCGCUUGACAGAUUGAUAUACUCUCGCAGGUAUUUGCUUCAAGUAGUCGGACAUGCAUCGCGGGUCACCUUGUUCCAAGAUGCCUUAAAGGAAAUCAAGGACCGCAAGCUAGCCAGUCCCGCACAGGUGGACGGCUGCAACGGGAAGGUAAACUACGGCGAUGAAAUCACGUUUGAUCAUGUGCGCUUGGUCACGCCCGCGGAUGUCACUUUGAUUGAGUCUUUGACUUUCAGCAUCAAGCCAGGUGAGCACCUACUCAUAGCCGGUCCUAAUGGAGCUGGUAAGUCGUCUUUGUUCAGAAUGUUGGGCGGUUUAUGGCCUUGUAAGGAGGGCUGUAUCACAAUCCCCACAUCGGAAAACAUGUUCUACUUGCCCCAAAGGGCAUAUCUUGUAAAAGGCACAUUAAGAGAGCAGAUCAUUUACCCUCAUUCCAUUGAACAAUUCCAGAAUAAUCCAAAGGGAAAGACUGACAAGGACUUGGAAAGCAUCAUGAAAAUUCUUGAUUUAGGCGAUCUUCUCACUUCUGACACCGACUGGGAUACAGUCAAGAACUGGAAAGAGGAGCUCUCCAUUGGUGCACAACAGAGGUUGGCCAUGGCGCGUUUGUUCUAUCACGAGCCAAAAUUCGCAGUGCUUGAUGAAUGCACAUCCGCUGUCUCGCCAGAUAUGGAGCAGUUUAUGUACAAGCACGCCCAAGAGAUCGGAAUCUCUCUUCUUUCCGUUGCACAUAGACCGGCUUUGUGGCAUUUCCACAACCGCUUGUUGAAGCUUGACGGGAAAGGUGGGUACUUCUUUGGUCCGUUGGAUGCAGAGCGCAGACUCAAGUUCGAAGAGGAGAGACUCGAAUUGGAAAAAAACUUGAGGGAUGUCCCGAACUUGCGCAUCAAGUUAGAGGAAUUGAAGAAAGUGUCGAAGUCCCAGCAUAUUCGUUACAGAACCUCCCAUCGUAAUCUUGUCGAACUAGGGGAGCAAGCAGAAACAGAAGAGGCAAAUAUGUGA